CAGCUGCCAGGGUGGGGGUUAAAUUCGACUUACAUGGUAUACCAUACGAUUUUUCUCGAAGAUUGUAAUUUGUAAAUCUGCAUUUUACUUUUUCCUUUAAAGGAACCAUUAUCGUUUCUUGUAUGACAUAGCAACGGUUAUUAUUGUGUAUGCAUUGUUGUGUCACACCAAUUGCAAUAAAUUAUUAGAGAAAAGUGUAGUUUGUGCGAAGACCACAUUAAAAUCGCGUAUCAUUGAGACCUCGUGUUGUAUUAAAUACUUGCUUCUGGCACUGCACCGCAUUGUAAAAUGGCUAAAUGGGGAGAAGGAGAUCCUCGCUGGAUCGUUGAGGAGCGGCCUGACGCCACAAACGUGAACAAUUGGCAUUGGACAGAAAAGAAUGCAGGUCCAUGGUCCAAGGACCGACUUAAAGAGUUAUUAAAUAACUUAAAAAUAGCUCAGAAUGGUAUCGAUUGUAACAUAACAGAGGUAGAAAAAUUAGAUGGUGAAGCUUCCGCCAACAACAGGAAAGGAAAGUUAAUAUUUUUUUAUGAGUGGGACAUCAAAUUGAAGUGGGAAGGUUUGUUGGCUGGUUCUGCAGAUAAGAUUAAAGGUGAAAUCCAUAUACCGAAUUUAUCUGAAGAAAAUGAUGUCAGUGAAGUUGAUAUGACUGUGACGAUAAAAAGUAGUGGUGAUGAAGCCCAGCGGGUGAAAGCAUUUAUGCAUAGCAUAGGGAAAGAUAUUAUCCGCAACCAACUAACGGAGUACAUCCGAAGCCUCAAGGAAGAGUUCUCAAAAGGCUUAAUUCUCCCAAAAAAAGGUGAAACUCAAGUAAAACCAGAUAAUGUGUCUACUAUUACUAGUGGAUUUAACAAAAAAGUUAACAUGGAACCAAUAGUCUCAGCUCCAAAACAAGUUGGCUGUAAACUUGAUACUAAGAAUAUUGAGAUAACAGAGACAUUCCAAUGUCGUGCCCAAGAGUUUUAUGAUGCCCUGACUAGAAUAGAGAUGGUUACAGCUUUCACACAGGGACAUGUUAAGUUGGAGGCAGAGAAAGGUGGUAAAUUUACCCUAUUUGGUGGAAAUAUAUCUGGUGAAUUUAGGGAGUUGGUGCCCGGAAAGAAAAUUGUGCAAUAUUGGAGAUAUAAACAAUGGCCAAAAGAACAUUUCUCUGAGGUUACAUUUAAUAUUGAGGAGAAGGAUGACAAUACCCUAGUUACACUAAAACAGGACCUGGUUCCGGCGUCAGAAGUAGAACAGACCCGAGAAAACUGGAAACGCUAUUACUUUGACAGUAUCAAGAGAGCAUUUGGCUUUGGAGCCUUCCUGUGAUUUUGUACUACAUGCUUAGAUAAUUCUAGGAACAAUUUAGGAAAGGACUUUGGUAAAUUGUCCUCAAGAAGAAAUGUGCAAGUCAUAUGUGAUUUAAAUCAUUGUUUUAAAUCGACGGCAACAAACUUAACAUGCAAAGUACUUAAAGUACGAACUAAUUCUAUUGUAUUAGUAAUAAGCGGUAUAGCUUGCAUUUUGUUGCACUUGCAGCUUGCACUGUUAGGUAUGUUUAUCGAACAGUUGAGUUUCUAUGAAUUGUAAUUAACUUUGUCAAACAUUUCGAAAUAGGCUUCAAUGUUUGUAUUUAAAUGUAAUUGAGUUAUUUAUUAUUUCUUUUUAUUCACUCUUGAAACUUAUUAUUAAUUAGAUAUACAAGCAUUAUUAAUGAUAUCUAAGUGUGUAAGUAAUUAUUAUAUAAAAUGAGUUUUGUUGCCGUCGAAUCCGCUGCGUUUUGCCGAUUUGUAUUGCUUACUAUCUCAGUAGCUGAUUGUGUUUAUAAACUGGGUUUGUCAAUAAAAUAUGUUAGGCUUAA